UGUUGACGAUGAUGAAUGAUGACAACAAAGACGUACAGCUAUAGGAACAAAGACAACACCAGUGCAGUCGUCGAACAAUGAUGAAUAGGCCAGGCCCGCGGAAUUUGAACUCAGAACCGCGCGCGACGUAGCAGGUAGUGCAUUCGAACACGACUUGACAUCGAUGGGGCGUGGUAGAGCUAGGUUAGUGGUAUAUUCCCCAUAACGUGUGGAUGGCCCCUGCCUUCGUUUGCGGCUUGUUUCUUUUACAUCGUCUUUGUCCUUGUCUUUUCCGCUGUUCUCGAUAAUUACCCAAUCCCGUUUACCAGAACAGGAGAUGAAAUAGUUCGGGCUCAUAUAGACACUAGAUUACUUUGUAGUCACGGUUUCAAGCGGUGCGGGCGAUGCGGUCAUCUUCCUGCCCUUCCUCCUACUCAUCAUGGUCAUCGUGGUGUACCUUCAUCCAGCUAUUCUCUGUUCAGCAUCUCUUUGUUUUAGGCCUUAUCUCUUGUUGAUGGCUGGAGAUGUAGAGCCCAACCCCGGCCCACUGGAGCAGGCCCCUAUUUCACACUUGGAACUGAAUGCCCUUGCUGAAAAGGUUCCCCAUGGCUACUACAUGAAACUUGGGCUUCGCCUGGGUGUGGAUGAGGUAAAGCUCGAUAACCUGCUGAGAGACGAACAGCGCACAGAGAAAGCCAUGUAUGCUGUGUUAUGCUGCUGGUGGAAUGACACAAAAGAAUGUGAGACAAGGAAAAGACUGGUGGAGGCUCUUUCCAAGUGUGGUCUCAAGGUUCUUGCGGACAAAGUUGAGAAAGGGAUCCUCUGUACCGACAGUUCCAGUACAAAGCAAGAUGCAACUGAGGAGGAGAUUGAACAAUGCAGGAAAGACUUGAUGGAAGAGUUAGCCAUAGCAUUCUGCCAAGUGCAGACAAAGCCGCUGGAUCCUGACACCUUGCUAGCACUGAAAGAUAUCUACACCAACCUGAUCUUGCUCAGUGAAGACCCCAAAUCCAAGUCGCCACAACCACUGAAGUACGAAGACAUCCUGAACAACAAGAUCAACGAUUUCCUGCUGCGCCGUGUGUUGGUACAAGGAGAGGCCGGGGUUGGUAAAACAACCUUCCUCUCAAAAAUCAUAGAUGACUGGAUCAAAGGGACUCACUUCCAGGACUUCAAGCUGGUGUUGCCCGUUCGCCUGAGAGAAGUGAAGGAUGGGAAGACGAUCGGGGAGAUUGUGAAGUCGUCGUACCUGCCUGAUAACAAGGUGACCGCAGUGCAGCUGAAUAACUACAUCAGGAAUAAUCCAGAGAAGGUGCUUAUUCUGCUGGACGGCUACGAUGAGCUCACUAGGGACCUCUCCACAGAGCAUUCUAUCCUGAAGAUCCUCGAGUGUAAAGAGUACAAGAAGUGUUUCGUCAUUAUCACCUCCAGACCUUGGAAAGUAAAGCACAUACGGGAUGACACCGAGCUCCGGAAACGCUACGCCUUCAUAGAGAUCAAAGGCUUCACAGUGGAGAACGUCAAGGAAUUUGUCUCUCGGUUCUUCAGCAACGACAAAGAACCUGCAGAGAGCCUUGUCAAGUUUAUGGAGAAGGGCAGUCUGAUUGCAGAGAAUAUGUCACCCUACCCCAUCUUCUGUGCCAUGCUUUGCCAUUUGUGGAAGGAGGAAGCCCGCAGGAAGGUGGUUCAGCAAUUGCAGACCUUCUCCCAACUCUUUCAGGAGAUCAUAGGGUUCAUGGAGGACGGCUACCUUGACAAGCAGGUGAAGCAGCAAUCCAAUUCAAGAAGUCCAUUCUCCUAUGAGGACACCAAGAUGGCUCUUGAGGAGAACCGUCUCAAACUAGCAGAAGUAGCAUUUGAGGGACUCUUGCAGAACGAUCUAGUCUUUCCUGAAGACAGAUUUGAUAAGGAAGUCCUUCAAAGAGGAUAUGAUGUUGGUCUCAUUUCGAGGGAUAAGAAGCAGCCUGGCAGAUCAGAGAGGAAGAAGCCACGCACGACGGGGAAAGUCUUUUUUCCGCACAAGCUCUUUCAGGAGUACCUGGCUGGUCUGCACCUCGCAGCACAGGCCAAAACAAAUCCAGAAGACUACAAGAUGCUGCUCAGUCUCAUCCUCAGCAAGAACAGGGAUGAGAUGAAGUUCCUGCUCUUCUUUGCUGCUGCCCAGGAGAAACAAGUGGCCCUUGACAUCACAUCCGGCUUGGUCAACGAGCAGGAACCAUCAUCGAUUCGAUCUACCACAGGCGUAGAGGCCACAGCACACAAGCUUAUAGUCGAUGUGGUAUUUGAGAGUUUAAAUGAAGACGUUGCCAGGGAGGUGGAGAGAAGCUUCUGCUCGCUUUCACGGAUGAGAGAACUCAAGGUUGAUAAUCAAAUGUCUGCACACACUGUUGCAGGAUACUUCUACACAUUCAAGAGCCUGGAAAGUGUUGUGUUUCUGAAGCGAUCCUAUGGCCACACGCUGUCUAGUGAGCUUGCAGACAAGGUCUGUACACUCCCGACUCUUCAGAGAGUUGAACUCAAGAAUGCAUCUUUCCAAGAAGUCUUCUACAUGGUCUUUGAAAAGGAGGCACAGAAGUCUCGGGUGAAGUCUUUCACCAUAAAUGGGACUAUCAUCGAGCCUUCUACUUCAUCUGGUCGGCUGGCUCGGGGAUUGUGUGCCAUGCUUUACCUGGACAGACUAAUCCUGCACAAUGCUACGUUGGCAGAAGAUUUCUACUCUGUCAUGGCGAGUUACGCCCACUCUGCUAAGAUCAAGGAGCUCCGUCUUGCUGACUUGUCCCUUGAAAACGAGGCAGACAUCUCCAAGAGCAUUGCCAGAGCCGUUUGCUCAAUGCCCAGCCUCAAGAAACUCAUCUUGUCUGACUGGAUUGGUCUUCAUGAUGCAUUCUAUACCGAGCUUGCUGCAAAUGCAUCAUCUACCCAGAUCGAGGUCAUUGAACUGUCCGACUUUGGGCUGAAGACUGAAAAGCCGUCAUGUGACCUUGCAGUGUGUUUGAAAGCCAUGCCAUGUCUGAACAGUCUGGUGGUUGUCAAGGAAACGAAGCUUCACUCAAGCUUCUUCUCAAAGUCUGCUGCCUUGUCUCAAGAGAAUGGCCAAGAUGAGAACCAGUCUGCAGAGGGUAAGAGGUGCUUUUCUCUCACGCUUGACAACAAGACUGCCGAAGCCUGGUGUGAGCAUAAACUUGUCUCCAUCAUGCCAGACCUUUUGACCUUCAUCUUACGUUGUGGUAGAACCGUUGACACAAGGACCUUACUAAAGGCAUCAAUACCAGGACUUCGGGAGCUUCACAUUCAGGCUGCGUUGCCUGCACGCGAUCCAAUAAUAUCAGACGUUGAUAGCUUCAGCAGGACAGUGAUGUCAUCAUUCCCUGGUCUGCAGAGGCUAGACCUCACCAACAUCGCCCUGGGAAACCAAAGGUCAAAGGACAUCAUCAUCAAGCUAAAGGAACACCCAAGCAUCCAGAACAUCAGUUUCAUUAAAUGCCACACUGACCACGGGAUGGAUGCAUUUUGCAGGUCUAUAUCGGUUACUAUGGAGCAUGGCGAGCGCCAAAAGAUGUAGUCUGUGAUGGAUACUGAUGAAGCUUUCAUUUCAAUGACUCCUAAAUGUGUAACCUUGGAAGACGGCAGGGGAUUCUACAAAUUACUGGAACCUACAACUUAAGAGUCAUAUCAUAGGGACUUCAAUGUAGGUGAAAAUAAUGGAUUUGUAGUGUACGGGUACGUUGAGCAAUUGUUCUCCCUACUUGUCUCUAGACAUUUUGUGUGGGACCUUAGUUUAAAGUCCUUUGGGAGUGAUAAGUUUGUAGCCAAUUAGUGCCUUCUCAGAAUAGAAGGAGAAGUGCCUACAUGCCUCUACAGGGUUGUUCAUCACCUUGAAUCGUGCAUGGUUGAUUAUUCACGAUUGGAUGCUUGCAUGUUUUUCUGAAAUUGAAUUCAGAUAAAUGUGAAUUCCUUUUAUACAACGCCUACUAAGAUUCUUGCAACCUCAUUGGUCAAUUUUUGAUCUCAUGACAUGCUCUAAAAGUACCAUUGAAAAGCAUCAUUCUCCAGCAGUGCAAUUCUGUUUGAUCCUUUCGCACCAUUGCACUCUGACGUCACUAACUAUGUACAAAGUAUAUGGUGAGCUAAGUGACGUUAGAGUGCAAUGGUGCGAAAGGAUCAAACGAAAUUGCACUCCGCGUAACAAUAAACAUAAAAGUUGGUACGCGCGUGGUUUGCUGCCUGCUUAGUGCGCGCUCACUAUCAGCAAUUUCAUUAAUUGAAAAUGAAACAAAAAAUCGCUGAGAUUUAGGCCUAGGAAAACUGUUUUAAGCCCGUUAACGUC